UCCAGCAUCCCUUUUACAUGCUCUAACCGCAUAACAAUCGAAGAGGAAAAUUAUACAGAAACGAGGAUAUGUAUUUUCCGCAGUCUACUUAUUGAAGUACUGAUGCUUAUUGAUGCAGGAUUCUUCAAGCACCAUUUUCUGUAUUAUCGCUAUCUCAAAACAAUGUCGCCUUUUCCUUUGAAAAGGACCCAAACGUCCAGUCUUUAGAAUUGCAUUAUAAUGCCUGUAAUGCGUCCUUAUUGCCAUGUUCUUCUGAUGGAGUUGAUGACACACAUCAGAGCACUUCUUCCUUAGUGCAAAAACCAAUACCUGCAGGAAGGCAGGCAUCAUCAGAAGACAUAAAAUCAUGGAAAGAGAAAGGCUUUACUAGGUAGAAAAUUGGGAUAAAGUAUCUUUAAACAAGAUUUUAUUGACUGAUUGUUACAGUGCUGCAUUUUUUUUGCUUUUCAUCUUGCAGCUUGAUAGUUGUUGCACCAGAAAUGGAUGUGGGGAGUAUAAUUGAAGAUUUGCUAUCACUUUUAUCAUAUUAUGCACCUUAUGCAAUUUAUCAUCAGUACCUUCAGGACAUUGAAGCAUUUGGAGCAUGUUAAGGACUUCACUCCAUGUGAGAGCAGCAUCUACGCGUUGAUGGGGAAGAUUCGCAAGAGGCUUAAUAUGCAUGCUAAGGACAUGUUCUACUUUGGUAUUGCAUUGGACCUGAAGCCUCCAGCAGCUGAUGUUGCUGCUAUCAAGUCUGCGAUGGAGAAAUUGCAUCUCCCAGAUGAAUUGGAGGACAACUUAUAGAUUCAUUUCCUCAAAACUCAGAAGGUGCAGCAAGGGCUCAAUUGGCUUGGCCGCAUGCUUGGGCUUUCGGACUAUCUUCUGGAAAGCAGACUUUCGAGAUACUAUUGAAGACAGCCCAUUCUUGAAGAAAGCGGCGGCUAACCUCUUAACAUUGUACUACUCGUCUCAAAUGUAACAUUAAUCAUUCAGUUUAGUAGCUUUAGCAAGUCAUCGAUUGAAACAUUUGUACUGAGAGCAUGACUGAUAAUGCAUGUAUAAUGUUUGGACGCUUACAUCACAGUGAAAAAAACUGCAUAAAUACAGAGGAAAACAGUG